CUACCCGCAUAACACCAGCUACCGCCCAGUUUUCCCAAGGACUCCCCCAGCCAGCCCCACACACUCCAGCUGUGCCCAGCCUCUUGCCACUCAGCAUCUCCCUAUCUUUCCCUGUAGCUACUCCCCAGUCACCCCCUCCUCCACCCAGACACCUCCACAACCCCAGCUGCCUUUAGCCACUACCCACCCAGCUUUCCCACAGCCCUAGCUACUUGACAGCCCUCAUGCAGCACCCGCCUGCUCCCCACACACACCUCAGCAUCCAUCCACCUGCCAGCCACGGUAUGUGUGCAGCCCCAUGUCUGACCCCUUACGCUGACUGGGGCAGGGCAUAUUGACAUUCAGAUGAAGUUUAUGGUCCUAUAUACAUUUAUCCUGAGCAAAAGUUGGCAGCUAUGCAGUUCUUCCCCCCCCCCAAGUCUCCCACUCCACUCAGCAGCCAACUACCCCCUAGGCACCCUCCACCACCCAUCUCAGGUACCCUAACACUGCAGACACUUUCCAGCCCCCACCUAUUCCAACCACAGCAGAUGAGUUUAGUGCAGCUCCUUGCCUGACCUCCACCAUUGCCUGGAACAAGGUUUGUUGACUGUAAACUGAAGUUUAUUUGCAGACAUGCAAAUUAGACAAAAAAUUGCAUAUAUUUCACACGUGGAGCUGCACAAAGCUUGGCAACUAUGUGUUUGUGAGUAGGGAUUAGGGUAUGUAUGUAUGUGCACAUGAACACACAGUGGAAGUAGGUAGACAGGCUGGUAGCUGGAGUUCUGUUACCUCUACUGACUGCCUCUGGUUUUAGCCACUUCCCAUCUGUUCCCUCCACCUUGUUCCUGAUGAGGAUGAGAGGCAGCCCACACUGAGGACUGCCUGGUGAGCCUGCAAUCAGACAGAUGAUGAGAAAAGGUCUCUGAUCAAAAUGAAUGUCAUUAGAAGGCUUUCUGCUUCAUAUCUGAGGAAAAACAAGAUGCAGCAGAGAUGCCAAAGUAACAGACGACCAAUUGCUCCACUUGGGUCACGGAUUUUAACUGAUCCUACUAAAGUUUUUGAACAUAACAUGUGGGACCACAUGCAGUGGUCACAAGAGGAAGAAGAAAGAGCCAGAGAAAAAGCAACAGAGAACUCGCUUGUGCGGGUUCAACCAGAAGAUCAAGACAAAUAUGAAAGAGAAGCUAGUAAAUACUGGAAUGAAUUUUACAAGACUCAUAAGAAUAACUUUUUCAAGGAUCGUAAUUGGCUAUUUCUGGAGUUUCCAGAAAUUCUUCCAAAAGGACAGAAAGAUCAGAUGAAUAAAGAGGAAAAAUCUUCUUAUCCUGUAAAACUGAAUGCUACAAACGGUUGCACAAAUGUGGGCUUUCCUGGAAUGUUUGAAGAAGGCAAAGAUUAUUGCCAGAACAAUUUGGUGGAUGGCUUAAUUUCUGUGCAAGGACACUCAUACAACAAAAACCAAGCAGAACCUGUUACUGAGAACAAACAUGUUAAGAACUGUGAACAAGAAACUGUGAAGCAAGAAUCCUUCCCUGGCAGUGGUGCUACUUAUAGAAUACUAGAGGUUGGUUGUGGUGCUGGAAAUAGUGCUUUUCCUAUUUUGAAAGUUAUAUGCAAUACCCCUGGAGCCUUUCUGUACUGCUGUGAUUUUGCGUCGGGAGCAGUGGAGCUAGUAAAGUCACACUUGUCCUACAAUUCAGCCUGGUGUUCUGCCUUUGUUCAUGAUGUAUGUGAUGAUUCCUUACCCUACCCUUUUCCAGAUGAGAUCCAAGAUGUCAUUCUACUUGUCUUUGUGCUCUCUGCCAUUCAUCCUGACAGGAUGCAAGGAGUUGUAAGUAGACUGGCCAAAUUAUUGAAACCUGGAGGGAUGUUGUUAUUUCGAGACUACGGAAGAUACGAUACAUCUCAGCUUCGUUUUAAAAAAGGCCGCUGUUUGUCAGAGAAUUUUUAUGUACGAGGAGACGGUACCAGAGUUUAUUUCUUUACAGAAGUAAUUCUACUUCUCAUUUGGGGAACAGAUGAGGUCCACAACAUAUUUACCCUGGCUGGGUUAGUUGAAGUGCAGAAUCUAGUUGAUCGACGAUUACAAGUCAACAGGAAGAAAAAAGUGAAAAUGCAGCGAGUUUGGAUACAAGGCAAAUUCCAAAAACCAUUUCAGCCACCUCAGAAUAGCCGCCAAUAGGCACCCUCAUAGCUAAAUAUAUUGUAUUCCCCAGAGACCAAAACAAGUGAGUACAUAUAUAUUUCCUGUGGAUCCUAUGUUAACUGCUGAAAAGGCAGAAAAAAUGUUGAACUGAAAGCAUUUUCUUUAAAAAGUGUACUUUUUUGUUGUUAAGAAGUGAUGUGGAAAAAUGUCUCUUGUCUCUGCUUGUGUACAUAAUAAAAUGGCUGUGCACUAACCUA